AAAUUUGCAGGCAGCAGAGGGGCUGUGUCACACGUGGAGGUGGUUGCCUGUUGGCUGCGUCCAUUCCUUUCUUAAGAGAGGGGCGGAGAUGAGCAGAUAGCCAUGGAUGCUGUCGCGCGGACGGCCGGAGGGACCAACUACGUGAAGUGGGGUCACUCGCAGCCAGGCCACCAUCAGGCCUUGUCACCGACAGCAGACAUGCAGGGCUAUGGUCCCCAGGUACACACCCCACCCCCUGGCCGAUGCAUGAAAGAUCAGAUCAGCUCGAGCGCACGUGUGGAUGUGUCUGUUGUGUUCAGGUAGAUUGUGUGCUGGCGAGCCGUGACGGUCUGCUGCUGUCCAUCGAGCAGAUCCGCGACAUCUGCACCUACGUGCUGGGCCCCGCAGUGCAGGUCGUCACGGGCGGAGGCUACGUCAAGGUCAGUCAGAUCCAUCCAACAACCGCAUGGAUGGAUGCAAUGCAUCCUCUCUGUCUGGAUAAUCAAUGUGUGUGUGUGUGUGUGUGUCCAACCGCUGUGCUGCAGGCCACCGGCAACACCAAGUCGACCAUCCACUGCCUGUACAUCAUCAACGGCGGCGCCCAGUUCACCAAGACCGACAAGCUCCGGCUGAUCGCCGCUCUCGAGGCCUCAGCCCACUUCACACCCGCCCAGAGCAGCCAUCGCACCAUACGAGUGACCGACUCAUACGGCCAUGAGCUCGAGCUGGUGCCGGACAACUACUCGGACACGGAGAACCACGCACACCACCCCGUCCUCACCGUGCCCCCCGUGCAGGACACCGUGGCGGCCCUCAAGGCCAUCAACCACUCCCGCGGCCUCGAGCUGACCACCUGGCACAUCGAGAGGCUCGUCAUUGCGGCCAAUCAUCGUGUCCCCAGCAGCCUUGGCGGCGACCGCACACUUGUGCGGCAGUUUCUGCUGGCGACCGCCAUCAGCAUGAUCACACAGGACAGCGGCAGUGCCGCUGAGGGCGCGCUCGGCUUUCCGUCGGACGGUGCUGUGGACAAAGCACAUCAGAGGGCGGCCGCGAUCGGGCUCGAGACCCACCUGCGGCGCGCCAUCGAGUCUGGGCGGCUCAUGGCUGAUGAGGGGUGGGCACGCUUCGCGCUGAAUCGGUAGACAGAGCGCGUCAGGGGACUGACUGGGAUGGGGGAGGGCGGCGAGGCGGCAUCUUUCUCCGCUUUUGGACCCUUUUUGGACAGACAGACAGACAGACAGAGGGGCCUUUUGUGUUUUCAAGAAGCGAGUGAAGAAACAAACGGAGGGCGAUGACAUACGAUUGUUCGUCCUUUCGGACAUGGGGAGUGUCAGUGGAGAGGGAGAGAGUGAGAGUGUGUGUGUGUGUGUAUUUGUUGGGGGCUUUGGGGCUCUUUCUUGGGCUGUUUGCAGUGGCUGCCUGCUCUAACUGCGGCGGCGAUCUGGUGGGUGUGGUGGUUGGAAGAGAUUUGAUCAUGUCGGUUGCUUGCAUGAGUAGCUUUCGUGCUAGCUCUUUGGUAGUAUACCUCACAGCAGGUCUGUGUGUGUGUGCGUGGGUGUGUGUGUGUGUGUGUACGAUGGCCUUUUUGGAUCGAUGCCUGCCAGACGAGUGAGUGCAGACAUCU